UUCCAGUAUUUUCAUUUUCAAAUUCAUGUUAGCUGACCAGUCUCACUUCCCAGUGACUACUAAACGAUACUUAGUUUACAAACAAAAUAUUAAUUAGGCCUAGUGGUGAAAUUGACUUGAAUUUAUUGAAAAAACUACUACCGCGAGUGUUUAUAGUAGAUGGAUUCUCUACGUUAGUUGUUGAACACUUUCAUAAAUAUUCUGUUAUUAUUAACUAGUUCAAUCAAUUUUGUCAGCAUUUUAAAACAAGGUUUUAAACUGGUAUUUUAAAUUGGUGUAUUUCAAAAGACAAAUUGUAAACCUACAUCAGUAUGUCAGAUGGAAAUAGAUCCUAUUUAGAUAGGCGUUCAAAGAGGGUGGAACCUUAUAAGUCUCUUGUGUCUGGACGGAAAAUUCUUCUCAACAAGAGUUAUGUCAUGGGAUUCAGAAGAUCUCAGUCUUAUAAGAGAUAUUCAAACUAUGAAGGUUAUGGGAAUGACAAAGAAAAUAAGGAGGAUCAAAUGUCAACGCAGUCCGAGUUUGAGUUGACUUCAGUUAUGACAAGAUCGGCUGCUCGAAAAUACAGAACUGUUGGGGCAAUUCAUAACAAGGUUGACUUAGUAGAAGAAAUGAAAAAAAUUGGAAAAAGAUGGUCACCAAAUAUUUCAUACCCUCUACCUGAACCAAUUGAUGAUCAUAUGAUUUUAAAAGGCAGUAUUGCUAAAUCAUUUGAUCAAGUAAUGUCCUUUUGCAAGUGUGCUUUGGCACUGAAAGCUGAGAACUCUGUGAAGAGUCAAGAAAUUCCUGAAGAUUGCUGGGAGUUGGGAGGACAGACUGCAAGUUUUAUAGACCUCUCUCCAUAUUUGACACAAGAGCCGAUAAUAGUUAAUGGAAAUGAUGAGACUCAAAUCACUCUUCACCUGAAUGAGAACUUGUUACCACAACACUAUAUCAACAUAAUACCAUUUAGUGAAGAACAGAAUGGAGCUUUGGUCAUUCAAGAGUAUGAAGAAGAUUAUAAAACAAUUACCAGCACUAGCCACUCUAGAGAUGGGUACAUUUCAGAAAAUACAUAUCUUUCAAACUCUAACUCGUAUUUAAAAGCCAAUAAUACCAGUACCCAGAACUUCCUUCCUUUUGAUCCCAUGAUAUCGAUUCAUAAUGAUCACACAUAUGCUCAGAAAUAUUUUGAUCCUGGCAGUCCCCUACAGAGUAAUUCAGAAAAUGUAGGGUUAACAGAUGAAUUUAAACUGGAAGAUGGAUUGAAAGACCUAUUGUUGAAUACAGCCAUAUUGCAAUGUAUAAUAUGUGGUGUACCCCCCCAAGAAAUGGCAUCAUAUCUUGAAAAUGCUAAGAAUAAUAUUGAUGUAAUACCAUUUGUAUAGUGUUCCAACCACCAAUUGCCCAUUUAAUUAAUUGUAUAACUUAAUAUUACAUUUCAUGUCUUAGUUUUUAAUUUUAAAAAGUUUAGGGCUUAGCUAUUGCUUUACGUGAAAUUCUGUUAUUUUAAUUUGUUUAGCGUGUUUUUGUUGUGAAACACUGUUGUAUGGAUACUGUUUCUGCAUAUGAAAUAAUGAUCACACAUAUGCUCAGAAAUAUUUUGAUCUUGACGGCCCAUAACUGAGUCAUUUAGAAAAUUGAUGUUUAAAGAUGAAUUCAAACUGGAAGAUGGAUUGAAAGACCUAUUGUUGAAUUCAGUCAUAUUGCAAUGUAUAACCUGUAGUGUACCCCCACAGUAAAUGGCAUCAUACGUUGAAAAUGCUAAGAAUAAUGUUGAUGAAAUACCAAUUCUAUAGUGUUCCAACCACCGAUUGCCCAUUUAAUUGUGUAAUUUUAAGUCACAUUGCAUGUCUUAGUUUUUAAUUUUAAAAAUUGUAGGUCCUAUAAGGGCUUGUAUUGGCUAAUAUGGUUUUGAAAAACUGUUAUUUGAAUUAUAAUGUAUAGUAUUUUGUUUGUGCGACACCUUUGUAUAGUUUACUGUUUCUGCCAAUGAAAUUAAACCUACCAAUAAACUCAGCUUUCAAAAUACAUAAAUAAAAGCAUCACUAAGUUAAAGAUUAUUUUAAGUUUGAUACUUAGCCCAGAUUAAUUAGGUAUUAAUAUAGUUAAAGACAUUUUCCCAAUAAUCAUUACUAGCUCACAAAAUCUUUGUUGAAGGAAUAUAGAUAGGUAAUUUAUUGGAACAAUAAUUAGUAUUCAGAAUUUGAUGAUUGUAGAAGUGAUUGCUUUAAUGCAGUUAACCAGAGAGAUUUACAGUAUUUAUAUGAUGCAUACAAAAGAGGCAUUCUGUAUAGAAGAUAAUGUUUCGUUUGGGUUGAGAGUCAUGCAGUGUUAUUAUAUGAAAAUGCACCUACUAGUCAUGAAUUACAAGUUAAAACAAAGAGAGAAUAUAUUUUGAUAUCAUUGUUACAACUGAACUAUAAUAUUGCCACCAGUUUGCAAACGGCCAGCCGGUCGAAUUCUCCGCACACAUCAGUUUUCAUCGUCACAGUGGCACUGGAUGGACAACCGU